AUGGGAAAGCCUCGUGUCAUUUACUGGUUCCGUACCGACCUACGACUCCAUGAUUCACCCGCUCUCAAGGCUGCUUUAGACCUUGACCCGGCUGUCCUUUGGCCUAUCUUCACGUGGGAUCCGCAUUAUGUCUAUCGUGCGAGAGGAGGUCUCAAUAGAUGGCAAUUUCUCCUGGAUUGUCAAAAUGACCUCUCCAAGUCCAUCACAAGUGUGAACCCCAAGUCAAAACUCUUUGUUCUUAGAGAGGCACCUCAGACUUUGUUUCCAAAGCUCUUCAAAGCAUGGAAAGUCACCCAUAUUGUAUUCGAGAAGGACACCGACAGCUAUGCUCGUGAACGAGAUAGCGUAAUCUCCCAAGCAGCCAAAGAUGCUGGCGUUGAAGUCAUCAUGCGCUCCGGCAGGACAUUGUGGGACAGCGAUCAGAUAGUCGAGAAACACGGCGGGAAACCUACCAUGUCUAUCACCCAGCUUCAAACCGCCGGAAGCAAGAUUGGCCAAGUCCGGAAACCUAUACCUGCUCCUAAACAUCUUCCAGACCCUGGGGAUAUGCCUGUCAACUUCGACCAAGACGAGCCAGAGACGAAACCAGAUUUCAACUCCGAGUUCAGGACAGAGGGAGACAAGGCGUAUAGCAACAUAGCAGGUCCAAAUGGUGAUUUCGCUAUUGAAACAAUGGAGGAACUUGGCUUUCCGCCCGCAACUACUCCUCACCGUGGAGGAGAAACACUAGCUUUGGAGGAACUGGACAAGCUGAUCGCAGACAAGAAAUACACAGCUACGUUCCAAAAGCCCAAGACGAGCCCGGCCCAGUUUGAGCCACAAGCAACAACUCUCCUGUCACCCUUUCUGCACUUUGGUGCAUUGUCUGUACGAGAAUUCUACUGGCGUGUUAAAGAGGUAGUGGAUUCAUACAAGGGUGCUUCAUCGCCUCCUGAAAGUCUCAUAGGCCAGUUACUCUUUAGAGACAUGUAUUUCGCAGCUCAGGCAUCCUUGGGCUACGUCUUCAGCCAGACGGCCAAUAACCCCUACUGUCGCUUCAUCCCCUGGCACUUGCCUUCCAAAAGAGAUCCAGAGACGGGACUCGUCACGGGGGAAUAUCAUGUAGACUCUGAGGAGGCGGAUAUUUGGUUCAAGAGGUGGAGAGUCGGCAUGACUGGGUUUCCUUGGAUCGAUGCCCUGAUGCGACAGCUCAAGGACGAGGGCUGGAUUCACCACCUUGGCCGUCAUGCAGUAGCGUGCUUUCUCACAAGAGGUGGUUGCUAUAUCGAUUGGGAACGAGGCUGCGAAGUCUUUGAAGAGUGGCUCAUCGACCACGAACCAGCUUGCAACGCAGGGAAUUGGCAGUGGCUGUCCUGCUCAGCCUUCUUCUCCCAGUACUUCCGCUGUUACAGUCCAGUAGCAUUUGGGCAGAAAUGGGAUAAGGAAGGAAACUUUAUCCGUCGAUAUGUUCCCGAGUUGAAGAACAUGAACUCAAAGUACAUCUACGAGCCUUGGAAAGCCCCUCUGCUGGACCAGAAGAAGGCAGGUGUUCGUGUGAAGGGAGAUGGAUUGAAUAAUGUCGAGGAGGGCACAUAUCCAAAGCCAAUGUUUGACUUUGCCAAAAGACGUGAUAUUUGCAUCGCUGCUAUGAAGACUGCAUAUCAGGUUGGUCUUCAUGGGAACGAUGGCCAGGCUCUUGAUGGGACGUGGCGGAAGCUGUUCCCGACUGACCGUGGAGAAGUCCAGGGUGAUAUAGAUAUUGACUACGAAGAGCCUGUUGAUCAUGCAGAUGAUGGAGAUCGAGUUGAUAAUGAGGCCAAAGAGGAAGGUGAGGGCAUGGCGUCUGUUGCGAAGAGCGAGGAUGCGGCGACUGGCAAGCGGAGUGAUAGACGGCAUAGCACUGAGACGACUACUAAGAAGCGCAAGACUUAG